AUGGUAGUAGCUUCCCUCGGCUCACUGCUGUUAAGAGUAGGGCCAGUCACCUGUCAUCUCCUGGUUGUUCCUGCCGUACUCUGGUUUGGUCCCAAAUCCUUGCCCGACUUCCCGACAGCCUCGGCCUCGCCCUCCCCUGCUCGCAGGGUACUCCACGGGGGAUACCCAUACUCCAGCGCCUUCCCGAAGCCCCUGCCCGGUGCGCUUCAGCUGCUGUCCGCUGGUCGGUGA